CGCCCGGAGCUCGAGCCUGGUGGUUGCUAACGGCUUUCUGUGAGUCUCUGCUUUCCGCGCUAAUAUGGUGAAGAGCGACUCCGACCCAAGCAAUAUGUCUGAGAAACGACAUACCGAACACGUCGUAACUCAGCGGCUCCCAGAGUCCUUCAGGGAUAACCCCAAGGCAGAACUGGGACCUUGUGGAUGGAUUUUGGUGGCUUUCUCGUUCUUGUUUGUAGUUGUAACCUUCCCGAUAUCAAUAUGGAUUUGCAUAAAGAUUGUAAAGGAGUACGAAAGAGUCAUCAUCUUCAGACUGGGUCGAAUUUUGCAAGGAGGCGCCAAAGGACCUGGCUUGUUUUUUAUCCUGCCAUGCACUGACAGCUUCAUCAAGGUGGACAUGAGGACCAUCUCCUUUGAUAUCCCACCUCAGGAGGUCCUCACUAAGGAUUCGGUGACAAUCAGUGUGGAUGGCGUGGUCUACUACCGCGUUCAGAAUGCAACCCUGGCUGUGGCAAAUAUCACCAAUGCAGAUUCAGCAACCCGCCUCUUGGCACAAACCACACUGAGGAAUGCCCUGGGCACCAAGAACCUGUCUCAGAUCCUGUCCGACAGGGAGGAGAUUGCACACCACAUGCAGAGUACACUGGAUGAUGCCACUGAUGACUGGGGAAUAAAGGUGGAGCGUGUGGAGAUUAAGGAUGUGAAACUCCCAGUCCAGCUCCAGAGAGCCAUGGCUGCAGAGGCAGAAGCCGCCCGGGAGGCAAGAGCCAAGGUGAUUGCAGCUGAGGGGGAAAUGAAUGCAUCCAGAGCCCUGAAAGAAGCUUCCAUCGUUAUCACCGAGUCUCCUGCGGCCCUUCAGCUCCGGUACCUUCAAACACUGACCACUAUCGCUGCGGAGAAAAACUCCACCAUUGUCUUCCCUCUGCCCAUCGAUAUGUUGCAGGGCCUCAUGAGUUCCAAACAGAACAAGUAGCACUGUAGAACUGUGCUGAAUCCCUCCCGAGGUAAAGUGGGAGCCAAAUUAGCCUUUCACUCGCAGGGAGAUUAGCAGGAAGCUUGACUGUCCCCAUCCUUCCCUGUUUCUGUAUGUAGAGUGAGGGGCUCUUAGAAGGGACAGGAGUCCUAAGAGCAGCUGAGAGACUCACUUUGGAGUUAGGAGUGUAACUCAGUAGUAGAGCACUUGCUUAGCAUGCCCAAGACUCUGGAUUUCACUGGCUUGUAAAUGCCAAGAGAGAUGGUGAUUUAUGUACGAUAGAUAACCUUACUCUUUACCUAUGGCUGUGUCUCUAUUCUGUGGUAGGCUGGAGCCCCCUUCUAACUUUAAGUCGUUCCAAGCCCUAUGUGAGCGUCAAGCCAGGGCAAGGGGUAUAGCCCAGACAUACUACCUACCCCCCACCCCGUGCUGUCUCUGCGCAGUGAAGACUGUGUCACCCUCUUCUCUGGGCCACCUGUGCCUUCCCUUCAGGGAAUCCCCAGUGUCCCUCCACCCAACCUAAGCCCAAACUGUGUUUUGGAAUAAUCCUGUCCUCUCCCAUGACCCUGUCAGAACCCGAAAAAAAAAAUGGUCAGCGUCAAUGAGGAGGCCCAGCUGGCCCUCCUGUGACGGUACUUCUCCACUGUGGGGUCCUUUUGAAAAUAGAAUUUGCAGUUUUUACAAACCCUUCGAGUCCCUCCCCCAACUUUCUGUGUUGCCUUUAAAAGCAGCUAAAUUACUGUCACAGAAGUGCUUUUUCUCACUUUUGCCUAUUUCAUGUAUCAGGUUUUUAAAUCAUUUUGAUUUUUAAAAAUAACUUUCUACAUUCUAUAAAUAAUUGUUAUAUGCCUAUUUGAAUAGUUUAAGUACCAAAGUACUUUUUAAAAAAUCUUAAGAAAACCAUUAUAUUUUGCUCUCUGCAUACUAUUAACUAUUAUAUACUGUGAAAUAUUGUGAUUACUAAUCCUACUUAUAUAGUUUAAGGAAUUCCUAGCACAUGAUCAUGUCACCCCUGAUCCUGUCAUCCCUAAUCAUCCCUAAUCCUGCACAGACACAGUGCUGAGCUCUAGGUGCAGAGGGAGAACACAUGUGUGACUAGGGUUUUUUUGUUGUUGUUGUUGUUAUUUUCAUAUAAAACAUUGAUGCCAGUAGAGGAAGUGGCCGGUCCCUCUGGACCACAGUUUCUUAUUGUGACACCUUCCCCUUGGCCUGGAAAGCUUGGUGAUGACUUUUGCAGCAUCAUUAAGGCUCUUAAUUCACCUGGAGAAGCCUGAAAGCAUGGCUUCCUGUGGCAGGAGCAGCUCUGUUCACAUCGCCAUAGCUGUGCACUGCCAGAGCCACGUGGAACCUCCCUCCCUCCAUCCCUCACACCCCAAUUCUGAGCCUUGAACCCAGCUGGGUUUUCUAGAGGUGAAUGGAGAGCAUUUCCACCCAGGACUCAAGUUGCAUUUACAUUUUGAACUUAAAAUGGUGGUUUCAUCUGUUUGGAUGUGAUUCGCCUUCCACUAAGAACCAAGAAAACCCAUGUCCUGUAUGGUACAUGUAUGGUAAUGUACCAUAUGUACAUGUAUGGUACACUUGUUCUCUAAAUUUCUCCCUCCAGACACCAACCGGCCUUUGCUUCUGUGCUAGUGAAUUAGUAACUCAGUAGGCUGAAGUUCAGUCGCAGUGAGGGGUGGAAAAAAUCGAGCUAUGGGGAAUGGUGAUGGUGUGAGGGUUUUCCCAAGUCCUCGCCUUCAGCUGUGUACAAUAAAGUGUGUUCCCUGUAA